GCCGCUCCCGCUGCUUCUGCUGCCGCCGCCGCCGCCGCCGCCGCCGCGGCUGCUCGGGGUGAGCGUGCCCCGGAACAGGCCGCCGCGCGUCGCGCACGGACCCGCAGCCCACGCCGGCCCGGCCGGGUCGGGCGGCCCAGGGCCGCACCUUCCUACUUCUCCCCGCGCAGCCCGCCGCCCCGCACAGCUGAGUGCCUGCUUGCCUGAAGUUCAUUUCCAGAAGCAGCCGUCCCCAGAGCUGGCCCGGGGAUGAACCGCGAGGGGGCUCCCGGGAAGAGUCCGGAGGAGAUGUACAUCCAGCAGAAGGUGCGGGUGCUGCUCAUGCUGAGGAAGAUGGGAUCCAACCUGACGGCCAGCGAGGAGGAGUUCCUGCGCACCUACGCGGGCGUGGUCAACAGCCAGCUGAGCCAGCUGCCACAGCACUCCAUCGACCAGGGUGCAGAGGACGUGGUGAUGGCGUUUUCCAGGUCGGAGACAGAGGACCGGAGGCAGUAGCUGCGGAUCCCAGGGAACAUCCUGAAAGCUGGCAUCGGCCAAGAGAUCUGUGUGACCUCGUCUGGCUGAGUGGCAGCGGGUCCCCUUCCCCAUCCCCCACUACACCCCUCUACUCCCUCCCCCACCUCACCCCACCCACUCCGCCCCACCCCGCCCCAGGCCACUCAGCAGGGCUGGCAUCGAGGGAAACGCCGCUGGUGCAGUUAUGAUUGGCUUCAAGGGACGGACUCAUGAUUGGCUUCAGGAAGAAACCUUUUUAUUUUUAAAUCUUGACCAACGGAAACCUUUUAUUUUUAUUUCUGACUCUUAUUUUUUUAAAUUUGCGCCUCUGGUACAUGGCUUCCCGGGAAGCUGUCCGAGCUCUGGUGCUUUCUUUAUUUAGGUCACUUUUUAGGAACGAGAAGAGGUCCGAUUGGCUGCUCAGACUGGAAAAGGAUUUUGAUUGGCUGGCUAACGGGAAACGAUUUUUAUUCUUGAAUGGCUGCAGGUAUUCUGCUGAAAGCAACGGCUUCUCUCUUGAAUGCUGAAUACAGGGUUUGGGACGUUGGUUGUUAUAUUUGACUUGAAAAAAAAAAAAGAAAGAAACCAAAUGCGCUUUGCAAUAUUUAUUACACAGCUGGCUGCUCUCACGUG